CAAGAUGAAUACAUGGUUUGGUACCGCAAGUUCACAAAAAGAUGGGUAACCAAACGUGGCGCCGUGAUCGGUUCAUUGGUUGAUGGGUUGGAACUUGCAUCAAUGACGUUGGAGAAUGAACCAGAAGAUGCUGUGCCAGGGGAGAAAAUUUCAUUCUUGAAGAAGCUCUUCAAGAAUCUCUUGUCAUGUUCGCGGGAAAUCCGAAGGGAUGUCAUUGCAUAUCCUCCUGCUCCUGCACCGCCACGUCCUUCCUCCCACGCC